CACUCCACUCCCACUUGUGAUUCCGACUUCAAGAGUUAAGGUUUCGCUGGGUCGGAGCUAAAAUUCUAUGUUCUUGGAACUAUUAAUUCAAAGGUUGCUGCUUUGGGAGCCAAUCUGUCAUCCGUCGAUAGACUGAUCCUACAGCGAAGUUUACAAACCAACUACGUCUUGAACAUCCGACAUCAAGCCCAAGGUACACAUCAAGGUCAUCAAGGACAUCAAGAACAUCAAGGACAUCAAUGUUUGAAGUAUCAAGCCCUUUCUUUAAGAAGUUGUGAACUACCAAAAGUUACAGUGCCUAACUAGUUGUGACAUUUAUAAGCCAACUACUCUAUUCACAGUGACACAUCAUUAGUUGUGAACUACGAACAGUUACAAUGCUUAACUAGUUGUGGCAUUUACCAACUACUCUGACUAUAGUGAAAAUAGAUAGAUAGUUACACACAAGGUUUGAAGUAGCAAGUCUUUUUUUCUUCAAGAAGUUGUGAACUACCAACAGUUACAGUGCUAAACUAGUUGUGGACUUUAUAAGCCAACUACCCUGUUGAUAGUGCAUUAGGUUUGUAGUGACAAGUUUUUUCUUCAAAUAUGAGAAUGAGGCAGCGUGACCUCGAACGACGCAGGAGAAGACAAUCUGUUGAUCCGUGGCGUCAUCGUACUAGAAAUGUGAUAUUUGGGUCCCCUCGUCGAAUCUCUGUGUGUGAUAUUGUGUUUCCAUUGGGGUUUUAUAACUUUAUGCUGGCAUUUAUGAAUCCAACUGUACAGACAAAUUCCCCGGCAUCUAUUGUGGAUUCUCAUUCACCAAUGUGGAAUAGUCCCUGUCCUGAAGAAAAUAUGGAAAUCCAUCCUUCUAGCCCAUCCAUCCCGGAAGGUCGGAAGCAGAAAAAGAGACAACAUGACCUCGAACAACAAGGGAGAAGACAAUCUGUUGAUUCAUCCCCACGGCAUAGUGGUAGAAAUGUGCCAUUCGGGCCACCAAGUCAAAUCUCCACUAGUGAUUUGUUUCCCGAAGACGUUCAUAACUCUACGCUACCAUCUUUGAAUCCAACUGUACAGACAAAUUCCCCGGCAUCUAUUGUGGAUUCCCAUUCUCAAAUUUUGAAUAGUCCAUGUGCAGAUGAUAAUAUUGAAAUAUCAACAACACCAUCUGACCCGCAAGUUUGGGAGCAGAGAAAGAUACAGCGUAACCUCGAACAGCUCAAGAGAAGACAAUCUGUUGAUGCGUGCGGGCAUGGUGCUAGAAAUAUGUCAUUCGAGCCACCAAGUCAAAUCUCCACUGGUACCGGUAAUGUUGUGUUUCCUGAAGAUAACUCUAAACUACUACCAUCUAUAAAUCCAACUAUACAGGCGAAUUCCCUAUCUAUUGUGGAUUCCCAUUCUCAAAUUUUGAAUAGUCCAUGUGCAGAAGAUAAUAUUGAAAUAUCAUCAGUCCCUUCCGACCUGGAGGUUUGGGAGCAGAGAAAGAUUCAGCGUAACUUUGAAGAACGCAGGAGAAGUCAAUUGGUUAAUCCUUGGGGUCAUCGCACUAUAAAUGUGUCUUUCGAGCCUCCACGUGCAAUCUCCCGUGGUUAUGGUGGGUCUCCUGUAGAUUAUGGAGAUCCCCAUUCACCAAUCAGGAAUAGUCCUAACCCAUCAUCAAUCCCCAGAUCGCACAGUAACAUAGACUUCAUUGGUGGCUUACCUCCUGUUCCUUCGCCCACUCAUAGCGAGAUUUUGUCCAUGGCAACAGAAUUUUCAAAAGAAUGGCUCAUGAUAUCACCAAUACAUUCCCCUGCUGACCAUCAAGAGGAGCCUGAAGAUAUUGAUUUACCUCCUCACAACCAAGUUGCUGCUUCACCUCCACACAUUGAGCUAAACAUAAACAUAAUUGUUGGUGUUCAAGAAGAUAAUCAUGUCCAGGAUGAAAAUCCCAUACGCCUCAGAAUUCGAAGUGUGCCAGAAAUAAAUCGUCUCUCAGAAGAUGAGCUUCGCUAGACUUAACUGAAGAGCAGACUUCACUAGAGAUGACAAAUGAUCGAAAUAUCGUAGUUGAGAUUGACUACCACUCACUGUGCUGACAUGCAAUGCCGAAAUAAGAAACGUGGUUUAAGUGAGCAUUGUAUUUUAUGAGAAGAAAGCUUUCUUCCUACAACAUUCGCUACCACUCACUAGUGCUGACAUGCAAUGCCGAAAUAAGAAACGUGGUUUAAGUGAGCAUUGUAUUUUAUGAGAAGAAAGCUUUCUUCCUACAACAUUCGCUUACCACUCACUAGUGCUGACAUGCAAUGCCGAAAUAACAAAUGUGGUUUAAGUGAGCAUUGUAUUUUAUGAGAAGAAAGCUUUCUUCCUACAACAUUCGCUUACCACUCACUAGUGCUGACAUGCAAUGCCGAAAUAAGAAACGUGGUUUAAGUGAGCAUUGUAUUUUAUAAGAAGAAAGCUUUCUUCCUACAACAUUCGCUACCACUCACUAGUGCUGACAUGCAAUGCCGAAAUAAGAAACGUGGUUUAAGUGAGCAUUGUAUUUUAUAAGAAGAAAGCUUUCUUCCUACAACAUUCGCUACCACUCACUAGUGCUGACAUGCAAUGCCGAAAUAACAAAAUGUGGUUUUAGUGAGCAUUGUAUUUUCUUCAAAGUCUAGUUAUCAGAGGUGUUCAUCCCCCUAAGGUCAGGUUCGCAAAUUUUAAUUGUGUGGGUCCAAGGGUAAAUAAGAUGUAUGCAUUAAAAAAAAAAAAAAAUACAAUCAAGGCGUACUCAUAAAACAAUUAAUAUAUUUAAACAAAAAUAAAAUCCCCCCUCCUCCUCUGAGCACCUCUGCUAGUUUGUAUAUAGUCAUUUAUGAUUGUAGUAAUUAAUUAUUUACUAUUACUAUUAUUAUUGUUGUUAUAUUAUUAUUAUUUUUUACUACCUAUAUUAUUAUAUUUUCUUCAAACUUCCAUAUACACUUGUGGUUGUAGCGUUGGGUUGUAGUGGUUGUAGUAAGCCAUGUCAUAACAUAAAAAUCAAUACAUUUCAUGUGUGCACUUUAAAGGACCAAACUGUGUAUACAAAUUUGCAUUUAAUAUUUGUUUUCAAUUACCUGUAAUUUGUAUUUUUAAUUUAAUAAAAACCUUUUUUUACUUUUGAA